UCGUUACGUAGCCGCAUGCAAACGGACUUGUGUAACUUUGUAUUAUUUUAAAUAAUUUAUUCGCGAGUCUGCAACGAGGAGCUAAACCUGCGUCUUUGACACUGAAUGUAAAACAUUGCACGUUUUAGCUUGUAACAGGCACUGAAACUGAAACGUAGCGAACGUUGACUUAACGUGCUGUGGCGUUAGCCAAUUUUGGUAACUCAGCCACUUUAAAGGAAAAUGUUGUAACGUUUUGUUAAAACCAAGUGAAACCGAAGGAAAAGUUAGAAGCUAGUUGUUUUGUGUAACGGCCGUUCACCCGAACUGAAGGGAAACAUUAACGUCUUGAAUUCAACGUGAGACAACAAGACGUCGAAAAAACCUUUAACAAUGAAUGGCGUAAAGCAAGAGGCGCGAAGCGUGUCGCCUCAGUGCCCAAAGCCGAACGAGUCGGAGGAGCCGGAGGGCACCGCAAUGGAGGAAACCGUCCCUGAAGCUCCUGUGAAAGUGGAGGGUGCAGAAGUUGUUAUCACCAAGGAGAUGGAGGAGGAGGAGAAGCUGGCCAUGGAGGAUGGUCAGAGGAAAGAGAAGGCCAUGAUGGAGGAGGCAAGACAGAACUGGGAGAAGGAGACCAAGGAGAUGCGCUUCAAGAGGCUGCAGCAUCUUCUCGACAAGAGCAACAUCUACGCCAAGUUCCUGCUAACCAAGAUGGAACAGCAGCAACAAGAAGAGAAACUCCGCAACGACAAACUGGAGAAGAAAUCCCAGUCUCAGACAUCAAAGGAGAAGGGCAAAGAUAAAAAGACAGACAAAGUUGAGCGAAAGAAGCGUGAAAGGGAUGACGACUACAAAAUAGCUGAUGUGAUGUCCAAAGAGGAAAUCAUGUCCAAGGCCAAAAAGGCCAAGGUUGAGGAGGAGGAAGUGCCAACCGCAGGGCGUAAGCUGGAGGCAGAGGACAUCGAGAAGCUGAGUGACUCGAACGCCGAGAUCAAGAACCGCCUGUCGGAGGUGGUGCGCGACAACGCAAAACGCCUCCUGGACCCCGAUCGGCGGGUCAACGGGCAGCCUGUGCCCGCUCAGCAGCCCAAGCUCUUCACUGGCGGAGUGAUGAGGUGGUACCAGGUGGAGGGCAUCGAGUGGCUCAGGAUGCUGUGGGAGAACGGCAUCAACGGGAUCCUGGCGGACGAGAUGGGCCUGGGCAAGACAAUCCAGUGCAUCGGGCACGUGGCCAUGAUGCUGGAGCGGAAGGUGCUCGGGCCGUUCCUCGUGGUCGCCCCACUCUCCACCGUGCCCAACUGGAUCGCCGAGUUCAAGAGGUUCGCUCCUGAUUUGAGUGUGAUUCUCUACCAUGGGCCGCAGAAAGAGCGUGACGACCUCCUCAAGACGAUGCGUAAGCCGCAGGGCCUGCUGAAGAUGCUCCCUGUGGUCAUCACCUCCUUUGAGAUAGCCAUGAUCGACCGCAGGAAGCUCCAGCGUUUCCAGUGGAAGUUCCUGAUCGUGGACGAGGGCCACCGCAUUAAGAACCUGAACUGCCGUCUGGUGCGCGAGCUCAAGAUGCUGAGCACAGACAACAAGCUGCUGCUCACGGGCACGCCGCUGCAGAACAACCUGGCCGAGCUCUGGUCACUCCUCAACUUCCUGCUGCCCGACGUCUUCGACGACCUCAAGAGCUUUGAGUCCUGGUUUGACCUUGACCGCAUCAGUGAAGAGGCAGAGAAUAUUGUGGCCAAGGAGCGUGAGGAGAACAUCCUUCACAUGCUUCAUCAGAUCCUGACGCCGUUCCUACUGAGGCGUCUCAAGUCGGACGUGACGCUGGAGGUCCCGCCCAAGAGGGAGAUCCUGGUGUACGCCCCCCUCACCCCCAAACAGGAGACGCUCUACUCCGCCAUAGUCAACAAGACCAUCGCCAAGAUGCUGGGACAGGACAAGGAAGAGGAGGCCCCUGCAGUGCUGAGCUCCACGGGGAGGUCUAAGCGAAGGUCCAGAAGGGAGGUGGACUACACUGAGCGGGAGGGAGAGCUGCCUGAUGACCUGGAGAAACACCUGGAGAAGAUCCAGAAGGAGAUGGAACUGAGAAGCACUCCAGUGGUGGACGUGAAGCUGCAGAAGUCUCUGGACGUGCAGAUCAACCUGAAGCUGCAGAACAUCCUCAUGCUACUCAGGAAGUGCUGCAACCACCCGUACCUCAUCGAGUACCCCCUGGACCCCGCCACUGGGGAGUUCAAGGUCGAUGAACAGCUAAUUGAAACAUCGGGUAAAUUUCUGAUUUUGGACAGAAUGCUUCCGGAACUGAAGAAGAGGGGGCAUAAGGUGUUGCUGUUCAGUCAGAUGACGACCAUCUUGGACGUCCUGAUGGACUACUGUUACCUGCGCGGCUACGACUUCAGCAGGCUGGACGGCAGCAUGUCUUACACCGACAGAGAUGAGAACAUGAAGAAGUUCUCUAACGAUCCCGAGGUGUUCCUGUUCCUUCUGAGUACACGGGCAGGAGGCCUGGGCAUCAACCUGACCGCCGCUGACACGGUCAUCAUCUUCGACAGCGACUGGAAUCCCCAGGCGGACCUGCAGGCUCAGGACCGCUGCCACCGGAUUGGCCAAACCAAGCCUGUGCUGGUGUUCCGCCUCGUCACAGCAAACACCGUGGACCAGAGGAUCGUGGAGCGCGCCGCCGCCAAGAGGAAGCUGGAGAAGAUGGUCAUUCACAAGAAUAAGUUCAAGGGUCGUGCGGCGGACCUAAAGCAGACCAAGAGCGCUGUGAACGAGUCGGAGCUCAUGGAGCUGCUCAAGUCCCGAGACUACGAGAAGGCAGUAAAAAGCACUAAAGGGAAGGUGAUCAGCGAUAAGGACCUGGCGUUCCUGUUGGACCGCAGCGAUCUGCUUGAUCAAGCGAAGAAGCAGAGCCGCAAGCAGGAGAAGGAUGGAGUGUUCCGCGUGGUGGAGGACAGACAGGAAGCAGGGAUCACGCUGAGCUAAGGCUCCGGUUCCGUUCGACCCGACCCAGGAAAGCCACGGACCCCACGUCACCGGUGCCUGGGGCCCACCUACAGUUCUGUUCCCAGCCGGAGCUGGAUCCGAUACAACUCACCUUAAGCUGACCCCUCUCUCGGCCGUGUACAAAGUAGACAGGUCUACAUACUAGUGACCUUAGGGUGACUCUCUGCACUUUCCCUUUUUAUAUGUC